AAUAACGAUAUGUUUCCUAACUAACGUAUGAAGAAAUCCCCAUGAGUGCUAUAUAUACGAGCUAGGAAUCUGAAUACUCUUCAACACCACAUACUGAAUGAUUACCAAAAAGAGUGAAAAAAGAAUUCACAAAACAUAUUGAUCAUGUCAAAGGCCGUUUGUGUGACGGGAGCCAGCGGAGCCAUUGGGUCAUGGGUGGUUCGCCUCCUCCUAGAGCGUGGUUACACCGUCCAUGCCACCAUCCAAGAUCUUGAGGAUGAAAACGAGACAAAACAUUUGGAAGAAAUGGAAGGAGCAAAGAGUCGUCUAAAAUUUUUCGAAAUGGAUCUUCUUAACAGCGACUCUAUCGCUGCCGCCGUGAAAGGUUGUGCUGGCGUUGUGCACCUCGCAUGUCCUAACAUCAUCGGUGAAGUCAAAGACCCCGAGAAGCAAAUUUUGGAACCGGCGAUUCAAGGAACGGUUAACGUGCUAAAAGUGGCAAAGGAAGCAGGUGUGGAGCGUGUAGUUGCCACGUCAUCGAUUUCAGCUAUCAUUCCGAGUCCUAAUUGGCCAGCUGAUAAGAUUAAGGGAGAGGAUUGUUGGACCGAUCUUGACUAUUGCAAGGAAAAGGGGUUAUACUACCCCAUUGCAAAGACACUAGCAGAAAAAGCCGGUUGGAAUUUUGCUAAAGAGACCGGUUUCGAUGUGGUGAUGAUUAACCCUGGUACAGCAUUGGGCCCUUUGAUUCCACCAAGAAUGAAUUCAAGCAUGGCUGUACUUGCUGGUGUUCUCAAAGGUGACAAAGAGACAUACGAGGACUUCUUCAUGGGAAUGGCCCAUUUUAAGGACAUAGCCUUGGCACAUAUUUUGGCAUUUGAGCAGAAGCAAGCUUCCGGAAGACAUUUGUGUGUUGAAGCUAUUCGUCACUAUGGUGAUUUUGUGGCAUUGGUUGCGGAAUUAUACCCUGAAUAUAAUGUGGCUACGUUGCCAAAGAAUACCCAACCUGGAUUGUUGAGAUCAAAGGAUGCAUCAAAGAAACUGAUUGAUUUAGGUCUUGAGUUCACUCCAGCUGAACAAAUUAUCAAGGAUGCAGUUGAGUGUUUGAAGAGUAGAGGUUAUGUUUAACUUCUCGGAUGUUGUAGAAACCUAAGGAACAUGUUAUGAUGGUUUUCUCAUUGCUCAAACCAUUCCUUUUUCUAUUUUUAAGUUUCAGUUGUGUGCGUAUAACUAGCAUGUUAAAUAAGGGUUCAUCUGUAUCCAAGUCACUAUAACUGUCAACAUUUGACAAGAAUUCUUAUGUGUGAGUUCUUGUGGUUUUCUAAAAUUGAGCGAUUUCAUCUUCAUUACUAAA